AUGUAUAAUCAUCGAGGAAACGAUCGCGCUCCGAUGCCGGUCAACGACGAGUUUCUAGUGCGAUAUGGUGCUAAAAGACUGCGAAAUGGCGAUUUGACGGAUCGAGAUGGCUACACACUUCGCACACGGGAUCCGUAUUGUCGAGCGCCAUCCCCUCCACGACACAAUCCAGGACGAGAUGCUCGCCGAGCCGAAACUUCACGACCCGAAAGUUAUGCGAUCCGGCCGGAAUCCGACGAUAAGGAGAUAGAAGAGCGUAUGAAUAAGAGAGCCCGUCAACAAGCGGAAAUAAUGAAGCGGAUACGAGAGCAGGCGAACGACGCUGAAAGAAAUGGCAAAAAGCGUGAGAAACCCCAAAAAUCACCGCCGAAAAACGACAAAAAAGUGGCAGAAGACGUCGAGGGAGAGGAUGAGUACGAGGAGGACGAACCGCCGCCGCCGAAGAAACCCACCCCAUCCACGUCUUCGAAAUCUACCGUACACACUCAAUUCAUGCGAAAAACGCUUCUCCCGGCUCCGCCCCUUUGCACGUCAUCAGCCGCAACGUCUUCUGGCCCAAAACCGACGAAUUUCAACGAAAAACCACAAAACGACCCGCCGCCGCGUGUUACAAAGCAAAGAGAGUGGUUACAACAGUACCAGCAGCACGUGGAAGCGCUGAAAGAGCGGAUUUAUGGGCCACCAUCAUUCGGGCCGGGCGCUCCACAAUCAACCGGAUAUUUUUUCCAAGACAAACCGACGUCUUCUGGACCGCCGUCCACGUCAUCUGGAGGCUACAGUAACCCUCAAAACUACAGCAAUCCUCCAGCAGCGAGCUACGCGGAUCCGUUUGGCGUUGAAGCCUAUCGUCAAAACUACAGUAAUCCCGGUGGAUCUGCCUACAGUAACCCUCCCAGCUACAGUAAUCCAAGGGCUACAGUACCCUACCAAAUGCCGCUCCCACCGCCUGGCGUCGUUGGAUUCGAAGCGCCAACGACGUCUUCUGGAAGUCGAUAUUCUGAAACGUUUGGUUCAUGGACCAGAAAUCAUGAUUCUGUAGAGCGAUUGGCUCAACAAGCUCCGCACCCUCCACCCCCUCUGCCAAAACCUGCACAUCAAACUUCGAAUUUCUACAGUAACCCAAUUGACGAUUCGUCGGAUUCUGAAGAGGACGAAGCGAUUCGAAAAUUGAAGGAAAUUUGUCGAAAUUAUGGAUCCAGAUGA